AUGCUGAAGUGGAAAGAAUACCUCAUCAAAAUCAAUGACCGCUCUUACAAUAUAUUCAAUACUGUUGGACUCGAGGAAUCACACCUGGAAAUCCCACAGUACCUCGAUGCUGUCAAGAAUGCCUAUAUUCUCAUCCAGAAGUUGGAGAGACAGGGUGGCAUCGAUUUACUCAUGUUCUGCAUGCGUGCCAGCCAACUCACUGCUACGCUUCAAAGCAAUUACCGGCUCUUUCGCGAAUUCCUUUGUGAAAAGAAGGUCCCCAUCGUUAUGGUGAUCACAUACCUUGAAAAUGAACUUGGGGAAAUGGAUAACUGGUGGAGGAGAAACCAAGAUAUUCUCUGUCACCAGCAGUUCCGUGUCGAUGGUCAUGCGUGCAUCACCGCCAUCCGAGGCAAUUGUCCAGAAUGGUAUGAGGAAUCGCGCACCACGAUCCACAACCUUGUCAAGGAGUUCACUGCUGAUGGGCAGAGGCGAUGA